GUUUUAAACUAAAAUGACAAAUAAUGUUCUAGCAUUUUUAGUGUGAGAAUGCUUAGACAAAUGUCUGUUCCCUUUAAUACAGAGAAUUAUAUGACCACACACUUGUGGAUCAAUAGCACACACUCAUGUGUAUGCUACAUAUGAAUCUGCAGACAGUUAGCUUGGAUUAGCACAAAGGAUGAAAAUCUCUCAGUCCCAGACAAGAAAUGGUUUCAGAUUUAAAACCACAACUGGUCCUUUUUUCAUUACAUUUCUUUAGAGAGUCAGGCUAGCUGUUCCCCCAUGUUUCAGUUUCCUAUUUCUCUUGGGCAUGACAGUUAUUAUCAGUGAUUAUCGGAUUAAUUUUGUGUUGAAUGAUUAACUGAGAAUUGGGAUUGAAUGCAAAAGUUGUUGGAAGUUUAUUAAAAUGACCCGAAGCCCCUUUAACAUAGACAGGUGCCUCAAACAGGACAUCUCCCCACCCUCUCCUCUCUCAUUGGCUGUCUUUGAGCUCCUAAAUGCCAUUCAGGCCAAUCACCUCUCCUCCCUCCCGCUAGAUGCCGCCCACCUGAAUUUUGCCCCUCCUCUGUCUGCUUCACUGCUGCACUCUGCUGUGGUCCUCCCAGACUGUCUAUCAGGGCUCUGUGGAUAUGUGUGUGUGUGUCUGUGCAUGUGUGUGUGAGUGUUUGUGUUGUGGAGAUGGAUGACAGUAUGUGUGUGUGUGGGGGGAGAUUUUAAUAACAGCUAAGGAAAAGACAGACUGGGGGAGCAGUGGAUUCUUGGGGAGGUUUUUUUUUGUUUUGUUUGUUUUUUGAGCAAGUUUGUUUCCUGACGGAGAGACGGAUCAGGGAAGUGCAGACAUGGUGGUGGUGAUGACCAUGAUGAUAGCAGGCUUCCCUCAGCCUCCCCGGGCUCAGGUGAGCCCUGGGCUCCAGACUGAGUGCUAGCCAUGCUGCGGCAAUCCGAGCCAACAACCAGCACCCUGCAGCUGGUUGCCAACGAUAUGACCGGCAUCAUGGAGAAGCUGGACACCCGUGAGCUGGACCUGGAAGAUGGAGAGUACGACACAGCUGACGCCAGUGCUCCAGCGGAUCGUUUGCCUUUUAUGGCAAUCUACAACACGGUGGGUUUCAAAGAGCCCACGGCCAAAGUCUUCCUGUCAUCUCCGAUCACUGCCAGGAUCCUGGAGGUGGAGCGGUUCACCUCAGCUCAGGAUCGCUUCAACGUCACAACACAGAGGAGUGUCAACAAGUCGAUGCCAGCGGUGUUUAAGAUCGAGUUGAAGCAUGGGGAGUUUACGUGGCUGGUGAAGAAGAAGGAGAAACAUUUCAUCGAUCUCCACAGAGAGCUGAGGACCUACAAGACCUUCAUGAGGCUGCCGCUGCCGUCACGCAGUCACACGGUGAAGAGGCAGACAGUUACGAGCGAGGUGAGGCAUAUGCCGAACCUCCCCAGAGGAGGAGGAGAUGAGCUCGCCAGAGAUGAGCAGGUUUCCAGCCGCAGGAAACAACUGGAAGAUUACUUGAAUAACCUGCUAAAGAUGCCAAUGUACAGGAACUACCAUGCAACAAUGGAGUUCAUAGAUGUUAGUCAGCUGUCCUUCAUCCAUGAUCUGGGACCGAAAGGCUUAGAAGGGAUGGUGCUGAAGCGAUCCGGUGGCCAUCGGAUCCCCGGGAUGAACUGUUGUGGUCGUAGCAAAAUGUGCUACCGCUGGUCCAAACGUUGGCUUGUGGUGAAGGACUCGUUCCUGCUCUACAUGAAGCCGGACUCGGGUGCCAUCUCCUUUGUGAUGCUGGUCGACAAGGAGUUCAGCAUCAAGAUGGACUCCAAAGACACAGAGACCAAACAUGGCGUCCGCAUCGACAGUCUGUCCAGAUCAUUGGUGCUGAAGUGCAGCAGCUACAGACACGCGCGCUGGUGGGGUCAGGCCAUCGAAGGCUUCGUACAGAAGCACGGCUCGGCCUUCCUCACCGACCACCGCUUUGGAUCCUUCGCCAGGCAGGAAGAAAACAUCCCUGCCAAAUGGUACGUGAAUGGCAAAACGUACAUGGAAGAUGUGGCCGAUGCUCUUGAAGAAGCCAGAGAGGAAAUAUUCAUCACAGACUGGUGGUUGAGUCCAGAGAUCUUCCUGAAGAGGCCGGUUGUUGAAGGGAAUCGCUGGCGUCUGGACCACAUACUGAGACGCAAAGCGCAACAAGGAGUUCGGAUCUUUGUGAUGCUUUACAAGGAGGUGGAGUUAGCUCUGGGCAUCAACUCUGGAUACAGCAAGAGAACACUGCUGCGCCUUCACCCCAACAUCAAGGUGAUGCGUCACCCAGACCACGUCUCCUCCGCCGUCUACCUGUGGGCGCAUCACGAGAAGAUCAUCGUCAUUGACCAAUCGGUGGCCUUUGUUGGUGGGAUUGACCUGGCUUACGGCCGCUGGGAUGACCGGGAACACCGGCUGACAGAUGUUGGGAGUGUCACACUCUCACACUUGGAGCAGGCUGAAGCUGCCUCCUCCAGUAUGGCUGCUCCAGGUAACGGCAGCAGCACCAUCUCCCAGACCAAUGGGAAGGGAAUUUUUACGGUGACAGACUCAGUGGACCAACCCAAACUGAAAUGUCAGGGGAGGAGGAGGACCAGAUUCAGCAUCAAGAGACACCUGCAGAAACACGGAUUUGCCCAGGCUGACAGUGACAGUGACCUGGAGAACGAAGAGAGAAGCGGUUCAGUGCGCAGUCUGCACACAGGGGUCGGAGAGCUGUUUGGAAACACACGCUUCUGGCAUGGAAAAGACUACUGCAACUUCGUGCACAAGGACUGGAUUCAACUGGACAAACCAUUUGAUGAUUUCAUAGACAGACACACGACUCCCAGAAUGCCUUGGCACGACAUUGCCUCAGUGGUUCACGGGAAAGCAGCUCGAGAUGUGGCAAGACACUUCAUUCAGCGGUGGAACUUCACCAAGCUUGUGAAGCCAAAGUACCGUUCUCUGUCUUACCCAUGUCUGCUGCCCAAGUCUCACACCACUGCCGGAGAGCAGCGAUACCAAGUCCCCAACUGCAUCCCCGCCAAAGUACAGAUUCUUCGCUCGUCCUCUGACUGGUCCGCCGGCAUCAAAUACCAUGAGGAGUCCAUCCAUAACGCCUAUGUCCAAGUCAUCAAGAACAGCCAACACUUCAUCUACAUAGAGAAUCAGUUCUUCAUCAGCUGUGCAGACAACAGACACGUUUUCAACAAGAUAGGGGAUGCUAUUGCUGAGCGCAUCAUCAGAGCAUACAGGGAGGGUAAAAGGUACCGAGUGUACGUGGUGACACCUCUGCUGCCAGGCUUCGAAGGAGACAUCAACACUGGAGGAGGCAGCGCCAUCCAGGCUGUCAUGCACUUCAACUACAGGACCAUGAACAGAGGAGACCACUCCAUCAUCUCACAGCUCAAGAAGGAGAUGGGCGAUCAGUGGAUCAACUACAUCUCCAUCGCUGGUUUGAGGACUCACGCUGAGCUGGAGGGGAAGCUGGUCACGGAGCUCAUCUACGUCCACAGCAAGAUGCUCAUCGCUGACGACAACACCGUCAUCAUAGGGUCUGCCAACAUCAACGACCGGAGCAUGCUGGGAAAGAGGGACAGCGAGGUCGCAGUGAUUGUGGAGGACUCAGAGAUGGUGACGUCGGUGAUGGACGGGCAGGAAUACCAAGCUGGAAAAUACGCCUUGGGGCUCCGCCUCGAGUGCUUCAAGACUAUUUUGGGUGCUCACACAGACUCCUCCAUUGAUGUGUCAGAUCCCAUCAGCGACCAGUUCUACAAAGAGGUUUGGAUGGCCACUUGCGCUCGAAAUGCCACCAUUUACCAGAAGGUGUUCCGUUGCCUGCCAUCCAGCGAUGUCCGUAACAUCCUUGAACUGGAGGGCUACCUGGCCAAGCCGGGCCUGGACAAGGAGGACACGACCCGGGCCCACGAGGAGCUGAAGAAGAUUCGUGGCUUCCUGGUCCAGUUUCCCCUUCAGUUCUUGUCCGACCAGAACCUGCUUCCUCCUAUUGGUUCCAAGGAGGCCAUGGUGCCCAUGGAGGUCUGGACCUGAGUGAGAGGGAGUCACCUAUGCAUUCACGUGUCUGCACACAGCACAUAGAUGGCUUACAGGUAGAUAAUGCCCAUUCUGGUGCUAUUUUGGAGGAAACUGCUGGACGGUCGUGGCUUGAUAAAAAUCUGCUGCUGCUUUUUUUUUUUUUUUUUUUUUUGAUACUUUUCUCCCUUUCAGGUAUUUUUCUACUCAGAAAACAUCAACAGAACGUAAUGGUAUCUGUCUUGUGUCUUCUCUUUUCUCCCUAAAUGCAUCCUCAUAGGCAAUGUGAUUUUGACCAAAAAGGUGGAAAAAUAAUUAUAACUAGUGUAUUAAUGAACUAAAAAUGCUGAACGUGGUCCACAACGUUUGUCCUCAUCACAUCCGCGGCAUUAUGGAGAGUUUAAAAGAUAGAUGGAAAUAACAUGGGCAAUUCUUUGAAGCUGGAAGAAGAGAUAAAAGCCAUAAGUGUGGUUGUAAUAUACAAAACUAUUGAAAGUUUUACUUUUGGUUGUAAUAUGAAAAUGGUCCAGGGCAGACAGAGUUGGGAACGCCUGACAUACUGGGUUGUUGAGAGUCGUAGCUCUACUUUCCUUCAGUUGUGAUAACAUCAAACAAAGCAACAUGGGUUUAACUGGGCAACAAACACAACAGCAAGAUGAUCAAACAGACUUUUUAAAAAAUCCUCCAGGUUAUUCAAAGGUUUCUGGAAGAGAAAACAACAGUUAAAGGGAAAAAAUAUUACCCAGACAAGCUGUUGAAAAUACCCGUCCAUAGACUUUGCUGUUUUAUUUUGACCUGCUGCACUCACUGUGGUUGUGUCCUCAGUUUUCCUGUGCAACCUGAGGGGUUGUUACUGAUGUUUCAGGUGUGCUCACUUUCUGGUUCUAUUUCCAACCUGUUUUAUCAUCUUUUGUUUUUUGUUAAUCUCUUGGGCAUAUUUUUAGCAAUGUAACCACAGAUAAAGAAUUCAAAAUGAAAGCCCAAGUUGUAACAAACCAUAGUUUUUUCACAGCUGCUAAUAAUCGAGACAAUAGGAUUUAAUUUCUGCCCGAGAGGAUGGUCUGCCUGUAAGGCGUAACCCAGGGUUUAAAAAGUUGUCCUUAUUUAGAAGUAACUAGGGCCAAGACUGUUUACUGUUCUAUUUAAUGUCUGAAUUAGCAGCAUUAGCAGCCAAAAUGACUUCCAAAAUGGCGUCAGCUGUGCGUGUGAACAAAGCCUCUGUACCAGCAGUGCCACUGAAUGCACAUGAGUAACGUUACACUUGAUUAAAUAGCAGUAGGACACAAACAGACACAGAGUCACUGGAACAACAUGGAGACUCUCAGAGCUGAUUUGUGGUUCAAAAUGUAUACAAACACUCAUGUACAUGCAAACAUGGAGAGCAGUCGACUAGCAGAUGGAGCGUUGAACUCUACAGUGCCUGACAAUCUGGGUCUCAUGUUUACAAGAAGACGAAAAGAGGAAAAAUGGAAGUGAUUAACUCUGAGGCCUGACGCACCACCUCCUGCUCCCUCACCACCACUCUGUAGACUCCUUUUUUUUAAAAAAAAACAAAAAACAGCUUGCUCCUUCAUCCUCUAACAACACUAUGCAACGUCCAAGGUCGACAAACGCAGCUCUGACCAUUCUGUGUGUGGAGGACAUCUUGAAAAGACACUAAAAGACUAAUGAAGACAGCAGCGCAGAGAAUGGGAUGAAGAGCCUGAUGGACAUCUCUGGUCGUUUUCUAAAACUUGUGUCUCAUAUCUAUGAAUUUGUGCUUUCAGUAUUUAUGUCAAACGGGAAAACACAAGUGCCAAAGAUGACAGGCUGUACUUUGAUGUUAAUACAUGCGUUCAUUUACGUUCCUCAUACUGUGGAUUCCACAUUAAGCCUUAAGUGACUUGAUAUUCGUAGUUUGGUAGCACUUUAUAAUAAUUUCCUGAUAGUUUUCUGGAAAGAAUCACUGUAGUUGUGCAACUGCAGUACUGGGAGAAUAUGUUUUUCUCAAAAGAAUUUACUUUUCAGGUUACAUCUAAGUCCAUUUUCAGUUGGUACUCAUUUAUUAUUGAAAACAUUCUUCUCCUUAUAAUUAUAUUUUUGCUUUGUGACCAAUUUCGCAUUUUCAUGUUCAGCUGACUAAAUACUCGGUUCUUCAGAGUGAAAAGGUAAUAAUCCUUUCUAGGGAACUGCUAGGAAAUUACAGACUUGAAUAAAGUGCUACUGCUCUCUUUUUUUGAACUGCAAAACCCUCAAAUACAUGCAUGAUGAGUCUGUAGUAAUUCUGCAUGUCAUUUCAUUCAAUUGUAGAGUUGGUGAUUAUUCUUUUCCAUUUAGUCAUUUCGUUUACUGUUUUCAAAAAGGGGAUUACAUACUGGAUAUUCACAAGGUGGCCUGAAAGAAAAGUUCAAUUGAAUGCUAAUUAGCUUCAUAACUUUUGGAUGUGUAAAUAAGCAAAGAUUUGAUUUAAAAAGUUAGAAACAAUGGUGUGUAGCCUUUAUGUGGUAAACUUCAUGAUGCCGUCAUAUGAUCGGAAUCGUUCUUUUAAUUCCAAACUCUAAACGGUUGUCUCUGGAAUUCCGAUUUCCGAUAUUUCUGAAAUGAAAUAUCAAUAUUCCUCAUUGUCUUCCUCGUUGGUGUCUUAAAGUGAACUGCAUGAUGCUGUCUUGUGCUAUAAAUCUUACCAAAAAAUAAACAAAUAAGAGGAAACCCAUAGCUGACAGUAUGACAGCAGCUCAUUGCCAUUAAACGUUACAGGUAGAAUUAUGUACCCUGCAAGCUGAAUGGUUGCCUUUAAAGCCAUGGACAUUAUUGAUGCUAAACAGUGUCUGACAGAUGCAUCUGGACCUUCUCUUUACUGUUGGUAUUUAUGGAAAAUGGGACCUUAAAUGUGCUCUUCUUUUUAGUCUUCCUCUCUACCUCCCUGUGUCUCUACCUCCUGCUCCAGUGCAUGUUUUUAGUCUUUCCAAUGAAUUGUGAAUAUUUACCCCCCCCCCCCCAAAAAAAAGUAGCCAAGUAGUCUGAAAGGGCAGAAUGUUUAUAAUUUGCUAUUCUGUGCAAUACUGGCCCAUUUACAUGUAAAACAGAAACUGUAAAAACCACAACACACUGAAGUCUUCUGGUGGGAACACAGGCAUACAGUGCACGUGGAUUUUUACCUGGUCUAAAGGGGCCUUGAAACCUUCAACGGUUGCUUCAUUUUCCUCAAACCUGGGCUGCAUAGGUUCAGAAACACUGACCUGUGCUUCUCUCUGUCUGGCUUUAAUCACUGUGUCUCAAUGAAAAUGCAUUAUUUGCACAGACUGUUUUCAUGUGGCGACCCCUUAAAGAUCUGCAGUACAAUGUCUUGUGUCGCUUCGUGUGAAAUGGUGGACUAAAUUAUGUAUUAAUAUGUCAAUUAAAAGGAUAUGGUCUUCAUGA